UUCCAAGGCUCAUAACCAACAGAACCCCCAAAACCCAAAAGCCAAACCCUCUAAACCCCUCACCAUCACCAAUAUCCCAAACUCUGCAAACAUGUCCAUAAGCCACAGUCCCUUCUCUCAUGCCAAUCUUAUAAACCCUAUCUCCAACUUCCCUCCAUUUCCCAACUCUGCGGUUCGGCCCUAUUCCUUUGACGUGUCAUCAUCAACCCUUAUCCGCUUGGGUCUGAGCUCCAAUGCUUCCGGAUUCUUCAACAGAAGCGAUUGGAUUUCGAACCCUAACUGUGGUUUCAUCCGCAGGAGAUCGCGCUUCGCUUCAAUCAGGGCCGCUGGAACCGAUUACUACUCGACUUUGGACGUCGGUCGCAGUGCCUCGUUGCAGGAAAUCAAGAGCGCUUACAGAAAGCUCGCUCGUAAGUACCAUCCAGAUAUGAAUAAAGGCCCUGGGGCGGAAGAGAAGUUUAAAGAGAUAAGUGCGGCAUAUGAGGUCCUUUCAGAUGAUGAGAAAAGAUCUUUAUAUGAUCGCUUUGGUGAGGCAGGUUUACAGGCAGAAAAUGGUGGGCCGGGCAGUGGUUCACAGGGGAUGGAUCCAUCUGAAGUAUUUAGUGCGUUCUUUGGCGGGUCCGAUGGGAUUUUUGGUGGAGUAGGUGAACCAGGAGGCUUCAGUUUCAAUUUGAGAAACAAGCAGAAAAAGGCUCUUGACAUUCGGUAUGACCUUUAUAUGAGCUUUGAGGAAUCAAUUUUUGGUGGAGAGCAGGAAAUUGAAGUUCCUUGUUCCGAGACAUGUGAUAAGUGUGAUGGAACAGGAGCCAAAUCUAGUAGUUCCAUAAAAUCAUGUACUGAUUGUGGUGGUAGAGGAGGGGUAAUGGAAAGCCAGAAAACGCCAUUUGGAAUAAUGUCACAGGUAUCAACUUGCUUAAAGUGUGGCGGUGAUGGCAAGAUAGUCACUGAUCACUGCCACAGGUGUGGUGGCCGUGGUCAAGUGCGAUUGAAACGAAACAUGAAAGUGGUCAUCCCUCCUGGUGUUAGUGAUGGAGCCACAAUGCAAAUCCAAGGAGAGGGGAAUCUCAAUAAGAAAAGAGGCAUAGCUGGUGAUCUCUAUUUGGUCCUCCAUGUAGAUGAAAAGCGUGGAAUUUGGAGGGAAGGUCUACACUUGUACUCAAAGAUUAAUAUUGACUAUACUGACGCAAUAUUGGGGAUUGUAGUAAAGGUAGAAACUGUUGAGGGUUGGAAAGAUCUUCAAAUUCCUUCUGGGAUUCAGCCUGGAGAGACGGUUAAAAUGUCACGCAUGGGGGUUCCAAACAUCAAUAAACCUUCUCUUAGAGGCGAUCAUCACUUCAUUGUGAAUGUUCUGAUACCAAAAGAUAUCAGUGAUACAGAACGCAAAAUUGUUGAGGAAUUGGCUUCACUUCGGGCAUCAAGCAGACUACAUACCGAUUCUGCCAGUAAAACUGGGACACUGCACGGCGACUUUGAUAAACGUAAAAUUAGGAACCGAAAAAGCCAUGCUUCAAGCCCAGGAAUCAAAAGUGUUGCAUCUUUGUGGAACUCAAUUAAGGAUUUCUUGGGGCAAAGACAAUCUCGCGAAAGGUUUGCAUCAGUCAGCCUGGAGCCAUCUGCAUCAUUGAGUUGCAGCAAGCCAAGUUCAUCAUUUGUGAUUUCAAUCUGUAUAGUUUUUAUUAUAACUUGUAUAUUUACCUUGAUUGGAAAGACUGAUGACUGCACAUCAGUACAAAAAAGAAUCGUUGCCACUAGUACCCGCAGAAAACGAAAAGAACCGAAUCGUUAUGUUUAGGAGCAAGAGAACUCAAAAGGGAAACAUAUAAACUA